UCCCAAAAAAGGAUUUGUCGACGGCAUUGCCCUACUUACACGCAGUUCAGGGAGCAUAGCCAGUAUUGUUGGAGCUUUGAUAAUGUGCGAUAGCACUAGUUCAGGACUGUGAAACCCACCGAAUGCUUGCACAAGGUACCGUUAUCAGUGCAAGGACCACAACAUCCGACAGUGCAACAACAACUGCAGUGCUCGCCGUGGACUGACGGCCCUAGUUUUCUCGUUAUUAUUAAAAAUAACCGGUCGUCACUACAUCUCUGCAAGAUGGCCAAAGAAAGUGAAAACUGCUGGACAGAUGACGACGACGACGAUUGUGAACGUGAUUUCAGGAAAACUGGCCAGACGUGUUACAAAGAAGAAGAAAGGCUAUCCGACGGCGAAGAGAAGGUGUUUGACUGCGCUUUUCAUCCAUCCCAGCCAGUGUUGGCGUGCGGAUUAAGCAGCGGGUCUAUCCGGUUAUUCCGGGGACAUGACGAAGAUACUCCGUUCGCUAGAUGGACACCAGACGAUCGAUUCCGGGUGGAUGCCCCAUCCCAUAUCCACUGCCUCGCUUGGAAUGUGGAUGGGACUAGAUUAGCGGCGGGAUGUUUUGACGGAACAGUUGUAGUGUGGCACUACAACAAUAGCGAUACCUCUUUAAUUCCUUUUCAAGCAAAAGAACAUAAUUUAGCGGUGUUUGCCGUCAUCUGGAAUCGAUGGAAUAGAAAUUUGUUUGCAUCUCGAAGUCGAGACGAAGGUGAACUCCAGCGAAUAUUGAUAUGGAAUUCCGACUUGGAUGAUUUAUACGACUGUGAAUGCCUGGAACUCGGCACGAAAUUCGUGUGGGAUUUUGAGUGGAUUUCUUCUACACGACUGGCCGCCAGCACGUACGAAGGGAGCAUCCUUAUCUGUGACACCGGAACUGACGUCCCAAUCAGCCGUCUUUUUCACUCAGGUGUUUUUAACGUUCGGUGGCAUUUUGCGCUGCAAUACAUCGUUUCAUGUUCGACUGAUGGAUCAAUAAAGGUUUGGUCCAAAAAGAGGCAUAAAGAUGUCGGCAAUAUCCAAUUAGACAACCGAAUUUAUUGCGUCGAUUGUCAUGGAAUUCGAUCCGGCGAGGCCGCUUUGAUUGCCAGCGGACUAGAAGAUGGAACGGUGGUCAUUUGGCAUGUCACGGAAAACCGAUUUCAAACUCUCAAUGGUGGCCAUUCGGAUGCGGUCACUAGGGUUUCCUUUUCACCCGAUGGCCAGUAUCUGGCAUCGCUAGACAAUGAAGAGAAAUUAAUUAUUUGGUCAACUAAAAAUUGGGUCAUCAUUUUCCAACACAUUAAAUCGAUAAGUGAAGACUGGAGUCACAUCAGGUGGAAUCCCACCAGCAACAAACUGGCCAUCUCCACCAACUCUUCUCAGGUCCAUGUCUUUGAAUUAGAAGAUGAAUUUGAAGAUUGCAUUGAUUCUUCUGAAGAUCAAACAAGCUGAGUCUAUUGUGUGUAUUAAUUGUCUAUAUUUAAGCGUAAAUCUACGUUAUUGUUUAUAAAAGUCGUUAUCUCACAUAAAUUUUCUGAAAUUUUGA